AUGACAGUGGAAACCAUCAGAGCACCCAAAGAUAUUCCCAGUUCCCGAGCUGGGUGGCUCCCAUCAUGGCAGCCCCUCGGUCCACCCCAUCCUGACCAGAUAAGCCCACCCCAGAAUGUGAUCCUACCUGAGUUCCUGCCUCCAAGCUGGCGUCAGGAGAAGGCCCAGAAAAGGAGCAGCCUUCUCAAGGAGCUGGGAGCCUCCCAAGUCAUCCUGGCUCUGCUGCACCUGCUCAUCGGAGCUUAUCUGGCCUCAGUUGUCCAGACCCUUCACCUGGUGACACUGAGGUGUUGGUACCCCUUCUGGGGGGCUGCCUCUUUCCUCAUUUCAGGAAUCUUGGCGAUAGCAGUGGCAGCUUUUGCUAAAACGUACCUGAAAACAUUGUGCCUGACAAUGAACCUCAUCAGCUUCUUUUGCGUGCUUUGCGGCAUCUUUGUCAUCAUCAAGGACCUCUUCCUGGAAAGUCCAUUUGAGACCCCAGUCUGGAGCGCUUUUCCCAGCUCCACAGUCCACAUCCAGAGGCUGGAGCUGGCCCUGCUGUGCUUCUCCUACCUGGAGCUCUUCCUGCCAGGGCCCACGGCCGUGGUGGCCUGGAGGAAUCACCGCCUGUCUGCAGAGAUGAACGACUUGUCCCUGGUUCCCGACCCACCGCUGGCAUUCAAUGGUCUGUUGGUGGGACCCCCACCCUCCUAUGAGGAUGUGACUCAAGGCAACCCAGAAGACGCGCAAAAGCACAGAUAA